CGAAGGGAUAAGGCUCCUGAGAGUGACGUGGAGAAUGCCAAGGUCAUGCACCCGCACAAGCAGCAGCAGCAGCAGGAGGGUGAGACUGCUGAGGGGAGCGUUGCAGCCUCGGCCCCUGACGGCAUGGAACAUCGGGAGGAUACGUCGCCGUCGCCGCCGCAGCAGCAGGAGGGUGAGACUGUUGUGGGUGUUGCGGGGAGUGUUACAGCCUCCGCCCCUGACGACAAGGAACAUCGCGAGGACACGCCGCCGCCGCCGCCGCAGCAGCAGCAAGAAAAUGGGAAUACUGAGAGUGACGCAGAAGAGGUCAAGGUGCUGCGCUCGCGCGACCAUAGGCGGCGGGAGCACA